AAACGAUAACCAAUUAAAGAAAAAAAAAAACAGGAAAAAUUAUUUUUAAAAGAAGAUUAGAUAAAAAAAAUAAAAUUUCAAAAUACUAUAAAAUAAUUAAGAGAAGAGGUUUAAAACGAACCAGACUCAACUUCCGAUAGAGAAACAAAUAACUGCAAACAAUCUCAAUCACAAUGCUGCAUUUAAACGAUAACGAAAGAUUCCACAAAUCCCAGAUUUGUACUGAGAGAAUCAGAGACUGGGUUGGAAACUGAGAACACUGACAAAGGUAAUCCCAACUUCUUAGAGUUUGAUUUUCACGUCUAAAUCGUUAUUUCUCCCUCGUUCGCGCAUUGUUUUUUGAGUUUGAUUUUUGGCUCAGGAUUUAAAUUUCUGAAAACUUUUGCAUUGGAAUGAUAAUUAGGGUUCUAGUUCGUGAUAGGAUUAGAAUGUUUCUUGAUUUUCCGGGCUAGAAAGUUUCGUGAUUAUAUGAAGUUGAGAAUUAUCAAUAGUGGGUUUUGUGUAUAAGGCGAUAAAGAAUUGGUUUAUGGAACUGGUUGUCUAGGGUUUUGAGAUCAUACUAGUAAAAUUUGGGUGAAAAUCAAUUGUGGGGUUUUAAUUUUGUGGAUUGAUUUGGAGGUGGGUUUUACAAUUUUGGAUUUAGCUCUGGGAAAGAACUUUUUGUCGUAAAUGAAGGGGAAUUUAGAAGGGAAAAGAAGAGAAUGAAGGGAAAAGUCAUGGGCUUAGAGGUACAAUGAUUGGAGUGUCAUCUUGUAUACGUACAGGGAGUUAUGGAUCACUGCAACCACAAGCACAGAAUGGUGUGUUGCGGAGUCAGAAUUCAUUUGGUUCGCGCAAGUCUUCCAAGAUGUUACUUUCUGGUUCGAGGGAAAAGGAAAGGUUUUUCUCAUUCGUUUGCAGAUAUUUGUGUCGACGGAGAGUUGGAAUGCUGAUAUUGGUUAUCUUUGCUCUUUUGGCUUUUAUGUCAGGGUUCUUCACAGUUAAUAAAGAUGAUGCUUUGGAAAGCACUAGUUCUAACCCUCGUCAGAGAAUUUUAAACACGAGACAGUUUGCAUGUGGUGAAAGUAUUGGCAUUUUUCCUCCUCCUGCUCCCCAUGCUUCUGCUGCUAAAGUUAUUGCAGGCCCUGGUGCUCUUUUGGGCCAUCCAUGCAAAAAUUUUGUGUUUCCCCCUCCCCCUCCUAGUGAUAGAAAACAGAUCGGACCACGCCCAUGCCCUGUAUGUUACCUUCCUGUGGAGCAGGCUAUAGCUAGCAUGCCAAAAUCCCCAUCAGUGUCACCCAUGCUUCGUCGUUUAACUUAUUUCCAUGAAAAAAAUCCAAUUAAAGAUAAACCACAUGGAGGGUCUGACUUUGGUGGGCAUCCUUCUCUAGAUCAGAGGAAUGCUUCUUUUAAUAUAGAAGAGUCAAUGACUGUGAACUGUGGAUUUAUCAAAGGAUGUCGACCUGGCCACCAUACUGGAUUUGAUAUUGAUGAAGCUGAGCUUAGAGAAUUGCAGCAGUUCCAUGAGGUCAUUGUUGCAUCAGCCAUAUUUGGAAAUUAUGAUAUAAUACAGCAGCCUCAGAACAUUAGUAAAACUGCAAGAAAAAAUGUUCCCUUUUAUAUGUUUAUUGAUGAAAAGACAGAGGCAGAUAUGAAGAAUUCUAGUGUCUUGGACAACAGCAAGAGGGUUGGAUUGUGGAGGAUUAUUGUUGUCCGCAAUACUCCUUACACUGAUGCAAGACGCAAUGGAAAGGUUCCAAAGCUUCUACUACAUCGUCUCUUUCCCAAAGUCCGUUAUUCUAUAUGGAUUGAUGGAAAGCUUCAGCUUAUCGUGGAUCCAUAUCAAAUUCUUGAGAGGUUCUUGUGGCGACAAAAUGCUACCUUUGCUAUUUCAAGACACUAUAGACGCUUCGAUGUUUUUGUAGAAGCUGAAGCAAAUAAAGCUGCAGGGAAAUAUGACAAUGCCUCCAUUGAUUACCAGAUUGAUUUUUACAAAAAGGAGGGUUUAACACCAUAUUCUGAGGCUAAGCUUCCUUUAACUAGUGAUGUCCCUGAAGGGUGUGUGAUUAUAAGGGAGCACAUUCCUAUAACAAAUCUGUUCACUUGUCUAUGGUUCAAUGAAGUCGAUCGUUUUACUUCCAGGGAUCAAUUAAGCUUCUCCACUGUAAGGGAUAGAAUUAUGGCAAAAGUUAACUGGAGCGUCAGUAUGUUUAUGGAUUGUGAAAGGCGGAAUUUUGUGAUACAGGCAUACCACAAAGGUCAGCGUCGCAAGGCUCCUCCAGUUCGUCCCAUAAUUCGUCCUCCAACAGCAUUCAUAAAGAAGAAACCCGCUAAACCCGCUAAACCCACUAAACCUGCUAAACGUGGAAGAGGAAGUAGAAAAUCUGGUUCAAAGCAUCAUCGCAAAGUUGUUGCUGGUAAUAGGGGCGACAUUUCAAUUUGAUUCUUUUUGGGGAAUAUAUAAUAUAGUUUUUCCCUUUUCAUUCCGUUUCAUGAGGAGAUGGGAUGAUUCCGGCUGGUGUGUGGUUAAAAGAGAAAAAUGGUUUCUAAUUUUUGCUCUGAAAUGGGCAAAAUAUAUUUUCAUUUUAGCUGUAAAAUGGACAAAAUAUAUUUUCAUUUUAGUUGUAAAUACCUUAACUCCAAAUAAUUUUGAUUCAAGUUCUUGCCCAUUUUCUUUUCACCCACACUUCCAUUUCAGUAAUGCUAGAUUGGAUUCAUGUUACAGGCAAUGUUGAAAUUGUCAGUUUCAAGAUUCUGACAAAUUUGAUCUCUUUGGUCAUUUAUCUUUCUGGAA